AUGACCGCUGUGCCUGUGUGGCUCCCCGCAGGUGACUCCCCAUCCCCAGAUGUGGUAUCUAAUUCUCGGCACCGCGGUGACCUGAACUCGGGACGUCCCUUGUGGCCGGCGGGGAAUGGCCUCUUGCACCGGAACGCCAAGGAGCCUUCCGCCCUCCUCGCCGGCGGGCGCAAAUACUCCGACCACUGCGAAGAGCGGGCCUCCCGACCGGGCAAGAGCCGCAUCCCCGGGCGGGACCACCGGCGGUAUUACCACGAGCACUGGCGGGCCGAGUACCUGAUGGACUUCAACGCCGCCCGCCACGGCAUGAUCUGCAUGGUGUGCGGCAGCUCGCUGGCCACCCUCAAGCUGAGCACUAUCAAGAGGCACAUCCGGCAGAAGCACCCUUACUCUCUGGCGUGGAGCGCCCACGAGAAGGAGGUCAUCAUGAACAGCUGGGACGCCCACUUGGGCCUGGAGACGGAGUCGGACGGGGCGCGGGACGCAGCCGAAGCCUCCGAGGCCCAGCCGGGGAGCCAAGGCGAAUUCUCCUUUGGCAGCCGCAGGAGGCGACGUGCUCCCCGACCCCUCUCUUCUCGUGGGGGACGCCGGUCAUCGUCCGACCUGCCGUUGAAAGUCUCCUCGGAAGGAGAGGCUCGGAGCCUCGAGCGCUACCUGAAAGAGUCCCUCCAGAGCUGGUUCCAGUCUGAAUUCUUGAUGGACUACGACCCGCAGGGCAACCGGCUCUUCUGUAUGAUGUGUGGCACCUCCUUGCCCAGCCUCAACUUGGACGACAUCAAGCGGCAUGUGAUGGACGCCCAUCCCAGCUCGCUCGGCUUCAGCCCGGCCGAGAAGGCCACCAUUUUGGAAGCGUGGAACUCCCGCACGCCGGCGCUCGCGGCGGAGGGCAGGCGUAGAGGGGAGGCGCCAGCGGAGGUGAAAUCAGAGCUGUUACCGCAGGACCUGAGCGUGAAGGAGCAGCCUCCGUCGCCUGACCCCCCAACUGGGGAGGACGGGUCCACCGAAGAGGCCGGCCCUUGGGAUUCUGAAGGGAGCAGUCCAGCCGUUCCGGCCCGGGGCCGAGACCACCGGCGCUACUUCCAGGAACACUGGCGGGUGGAGUACCUGAUGGACUACAACGGCCUGCGCCACGGGCUGGUGUGUAUGGUGUGCGGGAGCGCCCUGGCCACCCUCAAGAUGAGCACCAUUAAGCGCCACAUCCAGCAGAAGCACCCGGAUUCCACCCGCUUGAGCCACCGGGUCAAAGCCCUGAUCGUGAAGGAGUGGAACCGAAAAGUAGCCCGGCUGUUGGACACGGAGGAUUCCCUGCCCGAAACGGAUGCCGAGGCAGACCCAGUGGAUUUGCAGUACCCACGCAAGGCUUCUUUGUCUCCCGAGGAAUCUCAAGAGGAGGUUGCGACGCCGGGGAGAGAGGAAGAAGAGGAGGAAGAGGUGACGGGGCCAGGGAGACCGGCUCCCUCCCAGCGCUCCCCGGGGGCCACGUCUCCCUUGACUGGCACUGCGCUGCGCCGGUGCCAGCGCCGGAACUACCAGCCACGCUGGCGGGAGGAAUACCUGAUGGAUUACGACGAACAGCGACAUGGGUUGAUUUGUAUGGUGUGCGGGGGCACCUUGGCCACGCUGAAGGUCAGCACCAUCAAACGGCACAUCCUGCAGGUCCACCGGUUCUCCCUGGAGUACACGGCUCUGGAGAAGCAGACCAUCCUCGAGGCUUACGCAGAGAACGACCAGCCUCCGAAGGCCAGGGAGCCGAGCCCUCUGCCCGCCGCCGCCGACAACCUCGGCUCCGAGGCCCCCGAUGUCAAGCCGGACAUCCAAGACGCAGGGAAGACGGCGCUGGGUUGCAAUUUACCCGUAUGCACGGCAUAGUCAUGGAUCUGGACCAGCUUGUAGAGACAGGGUGGACUUCUUUUAAAAAUAUAUACAUAUACAUAUAUAUAUUCCUGAAAUAUUCCGUUUUAAAAGUUCUGCAACUGGAACAGAUCAUGCCAGUGCCUGGGAA